AUGGAUAUUAUAACAAGGGAAAAAAUUUUAUUACUUUAUGGAUCAGAAUAUGGAACUUCCUAUGAUUGUUGUAGGAAUAUUUUAUACGAAUUAUGCACUAAUUUUGAUGUGCAUUUUUUUUGUUUAAAUGAUAUAAAUUUAAUGAAAUUUUAUAAUUAUGAAAAUAUUAUAAUAAUUGUAAGUACAACAGGUUAUGGGUGCCCUACACAUAAUAUGUCAAAAUUUUGGAUAAAUUUAUACAAAUGUAAUAAUAUAUUUCAUGAAGAUAUUUAUUUUCAUUUAUUUGGAUUAGGUGAUAGUUCAUAUGAUAAUUAUAAUAUUGUUGCUAAAAAGCUAAAAAGAAAAUUAAUUUCCCUAGGUGGUAAUAUAGUUAAUUAUAGCUUAGGAAAUUAUCAACACAGUUCUAUGCAUUUUACUAAUUUUAAUACAUGGAAAAAUAAAGUAUAUUCAUUUUUAAAAAAAAAAUAUUAUAAUUUCGAAAUAAAUAAUACCAUUCCUCAAAUAUACAAUAUUACAAAUUUAUCUGAUUAUGAUAAAAUAAAUAAUGAUAAACAUAUGUCUGAAUUUUUACCAACUUAUGAUAAUAUAAAAAAAUGUAAUGAAAAGAAUAAAAACAAAAUUGAGAAAAAAUAUGACGAUUUUAAUGUUAACGAAUAUUUUACAAAAUCAUUGAAAUUAAAUAAAUUUGAAGUUAUAAAAAAUAAAAGACUUACAGAUGUAACAUAUUUUCAAGAUGUUAGAUAUAUAGAAUUAGCAACAUCGAUAGAGAUAUUCAAUCUAAGCAGUUUAAUAACAAUACACCCAACAUUAGACAAAGAUAAAACAAAAUCAGUUUUAAAUUUGUUAAAAAUAAAUUAUAAUGAAUAUAUUAUAAUUAAUCAGCCAAAUAAAAAUGCAACAUGUACAAUGAGUACUUAUAUUCCUAUUGGGAAAAAAAUAAAAGUAUUAGAUUUGUUUGUAUAUUUUUUAGAUCUUAAUAAAAUAGUUACUCCUUUUUUUUUUAUAUAUCUAAGUGAAAGAACAAAUAGUGAUCUUCAUAAAAAAAAGUUUUUACAACUUGGGAAUACAAACGAUAUAAGCGAUUAUUUUUCAUAUGUAUAUCAAUAUAAAAGAUCAUAUUAUGAUAUAUUUUACGAUUUUUAUAGUUAUAUUAAUAUUGAUAUCCCUUUUCUUCUAAACACUUUACCAAAUAUUAUGAAUAGAAAUUAUUCUAUAUUAAAUGAUUCAAAUAAAUAUCGAUUUCUUAAAAAUUUGAACCUUUAUAAUUUAUAUCAUUUUUACCUUAAUCCUUAUUACUCAAAUUUUUUAUAUUAUUUAAAAAUAUAUUUUUGUAAUAAUAUGAAAACCCUCACAAAUUUUUUCUUAUAUAUUAUGUGUAACUAUACACAAAUUAGUACAUAUAAAUAUAUAAAUAUUUUAAAAAAUAAAAUCAAACCUAAUCAAGUAAAUAAUGUAAUCGAGUUAUUAAUUUGUUUAUAUCAAACAGAAAUAAAUCCAAAUAAAAAACAUAUAGGAUUAUGUUCAAAUUAUUUAAUAAAUUCUAUUGAGGGUAGCCCAUUUAUUUAUGCUACUAUUGAAAAUAGCUUACUAUUUCAAAAUAAAAAUAUAUGGAACUUAAAUUAUAGAAUUGUCUAUAUUUCUACAGGUGCAGCUUUUAGUAGUUUAUUAGCAGUUAUAAGGCAAAGAUUUCAUAUAUAUAAUUCAAAGAAAAAAGAACAAAAAAAUGAAAAUCUUAUAAAUAGCAAAAUUAAAAACAUUUCAGAGAAUGAUCUACUUUUUCUUGGUUUUAGAAACAAAUUAAAUAAUUUUUAUUUUGAACAAGAAUUGCAAAAUUAUUUACAUUUCAUUCAUAUUUUUAUAGCUUUUUCACAACAACCCAAUGAUAAUUUCUUGUAUUAUAAUCAUGAAUUUUUAAAAAAUAUAGAAAAUAAUAACCCUAAUCUGAAUGAUAACUUUUGCUCUACUACAGAUCAUAAUAACAUAAGUAAUAAAAACUUAUUUAAUAAAAGUGUUUCAGAAAUGAAAGAAUUUUUAAAAGAUAAAAAAAAAAUUUAUGUAACUGAUUUAAUUUCAAUGUUACAAAAUAUUAUAUAUGAUUUGUUAAUAAAAAAAAAUACAAUUUUUUUAGUUGCUGGAAAAUCGCGUCCUUUCUCUCAAAACCUUUUUAAAUUAUUAGCUAACAUUAUGAAAGAAAAGGAGCCCAAUAAAACAAUAGAAGAAAUUAAUUUAUUUUUAAAAAAAAAAAUUGAUAAAUUUGAAAUUAUAUUUGAAUCUUGGUAUUAA